GGCCUCUCUUUCAUCAAGGUCUUGCAAAGGGAACUACUAGGACUUCUGAUACUGGUAGUAGGUUUACAUUUACUGGAGGGGCUACCUGGGCUUGGAAUACUGGCUGCAAAGGGUUCACGUUUACUAGAGGUGGGACUGGGGCUUCUGGUUGGGGUAGAAUAAACCUAUAUCUUUCUUCUGCUUUAUUCUCCAAUCGUUUAGUAUAUUGUUCCUUUGGUCUUUGGGCUGGUUGGUUGGGUUAUUUUGGAUGGGUUGGCCCUGAUUUUGGCCUUGAUUUUGGGUUUUCUCUGACAUACAAUAGUGAGAGAUGUGGCCAGAAUCUUGGGGGUGCAGUUUCUGUAGUUAAGGCUUCUCCUCACUUUUAUUAUUAUAAUAUCUCUAGCUUUGAUUUUAUGAGCACCAAGUAUAGCUUCUUUCAACAUAGGGGGUUUGGCGAUACUCAACCACGAGGCUGUCUUUGGCUUCAAGCCUUCUAA